UCACUUAUCUAGCCCUAUUAUAUAGAAGCUCGCAACCAUCUCCACAACUUCACAAACGUUAGGGUUUUUGCGUGCUAACAAGCUCGAAGCGCCGAACCAGUUCACUGCUUAAUUUGUCCAAAGCAUGGCUGCCCAAAUCAGUAAGAAGCGUAAGUUUGUUGCAGAUGGGGUUUUCUACGCAGAGCUAAAUGAGGUGCUGACUAGAGAGCUGGCCGAGGAUGGCUACUCUGGUGUUGAAGUUAGAGUUACUCCUAUGCGUACUGAGAUUAUCAUUAGGGCUACUCGUACCCAGAAUGUUCUUGGUGAGAAAGGAAGAAGGAUCAGGGAGCUUACAUCUGUUGUUCAGAAACGAUUCAAGUUCCCAGAGAACAGUGUGGAACUGUAUGCUGAGAAAGUCAACAAUAGGGGUCUUUGUGCUAUUGCACAGGCUGAAUCUCUUAGAUACAAGCUCCUUGGAGGCCUUGCUGUUCGGAGGGCUUGCUAUGGUGUCUUGAGAUUUAUUAUGGAGAGUGGGGCAAAAGGAUGUGAGGUUAUUGUUAGUGGAAAGCUCAGAGCUCAGCGUGCCAAGUCUAUGAAAUUCAAGGAUGGAUAUAUGAUCUCCUCUGGUCAACCUGUCAAUGAAUAUAUUGACUCUGCUGUCAGGCAUGUUCUUUUAAGACAGGGUGUGCUUGGUAUUAAGGUCAAGAUCAUGCUUGACUGGGAUCCUAAGGGCAAGGUAGGACCAAUGACACCAUUGCCCGAUCUUGUCACCAUUCAUCCUCCCAAGGAAGAAGAAGAGUAUGUCCCUCCAGUAUUGACAACCAAUAUUGAGAUUCCAGUUCCAGUUCCAGUUGCAUAAGUCCUGAAUAUCGAUAAAUAAGUCUUCUAGUACCGAGUCAAGGCUCUUUGUUUUUAUUAUAUACACAUCUUAAGAGGAGAAAACACUAGAUGGUUGUAUGAAUCAAGAUGUAGUUUUUGCUUGCUUCCAUUGACAUCUCAAGUUUGUUUGUUGCUAGUGUUGAAUGUUGUGUCUUUAUGAAUUAGCUAGCCUUGUUUUUUAGAUAAUUAGAAUGCUAAAUGCCUCUUCUUUGCUGUCUAAUCUGAUUUUACGACUUGAAUCUCUUGAGGUUUUU